GAGUACCAGACUGAAACCCCAUCAUUGUUCACGAUAGAUUGAUAGAUGGCUUAAAUUAAGUGAGUCCGGGUUCCAGUAUUAUAAAGUUCAACGACCAGCCACAUGCUGACAAAGAUAACAUUGGUCGCGACACUAUUGACAAGCAGAGCUGGUUGCCUUGCACUGGUAUGAUCAAUCCAUACUUUGUACCGCUCCUCCCAUGGUAGAUGUUUUUAUCAGCCAAGACAACAUACAUGUAGGCCUACCUCUUCAUUGAAAUCACCAAAAACUGCAACUGCACUGCCGGUAUAUUACCUUCUUGUUCGUGAAGCAGCUACACCAGUGACACUGACAGGACAUGUACUGAAAAGCAAAGGGGCUGCACGUAGAGUAUGUCUUGUUUGUUGGCCUAGGCCCAUAGGCCUCUGUAGUGAGCGAUCGACAAGCAAAGAUCGCGUCGGUCGUCUGAAUGGAUUUUGCUCUUCACGUUGCCGCCGUCUACGCUUACGUUUCAGGCCUCUAUGGCAGAAAUUAUGGACUACAAAAAUCUUCUCGCGCAUGGAAUCACGCUGCUGUCUAGAGGUGGAAGUUUUACAUUUAGGCCUACUUGAUAAUAAAUCGUGUUGAGUUUUCUUGGCUUUUUCUUCAGGGCAAGUUGACAAGAACGUUUCAGCUUUCUUAGUAUCUCACUGAGGAGUUCAGUGUAUUUAAUCAGCCUUUGAGGUGGGGCCCCACCUCAAAAGAUACCUACAUUUAAGAUGGGAGCAUGCAUAGGGGUGGAUCAGGAGGAAAAGAGGGCUCGGCUGCACAGUGAGGCUAUUGACAGGCAACUGAUACAAAUGUCCAAGGAAGAGGAACACAUUGUCAAGAUCCUCUUGUUAGGUGCUGGAGAGAGUGGCAAGAGUACAUUAGUGAAACAGAUGAAGAUCAUUCACAGUGAUGGCUUUACUAAUCAUGAACUCAUGAGCUUCAAGCCAGCAGUUCUUGACAACCUUCUAAGCUCCAUGAAGUAUGUUCUGAAUGGUAUGGGUCUUCUACGAAUUCCCCUUGCCAACCCAAGAAACAAGAUCUACGCCCAGACUAUCCUGCAAUGCCACCGGUGUUUUGACGAACAGGUCAAGAUGCGUACAUCUAUUGCCAUAGCCCUGCGAGCCCUGUGGAAUGACACAGGCAUCCGGGCAUGCGUAGCCAGAGGUCAUGAAUUUGAGCUUAAUGACUCAGCAUUAUAUUACUUUGAAAAUAUGGAGAGGAUAACCUCAGAGUACUACAGACCAAGCACAGUAGAUGUCUUGAGGGCAAGAGUCAGAACUACUGGUGUGAUUGAGACACACUUCAAGAUCAAAGGCGUGAUAUUCAGAAUGUACGAUGUCGGAGGUCAGAGGUCAGAGAGGAGGAAAUGGAUCCAGUGCUUUGAUGAUGUUAAGGCUCUUCUCUAUGUUACAGCACUGAGUGGUUAUGACAUGACGCUAUUUGAAGAUCCUGAAGUUAAUCGGCUGAGGGAAAGCCUCCAUUUGUUUGAGUCUGUCUGCAACAACUGUUUCUUCAGAAACACCACCAUCAUCCUCUUCCUGAACAAAGUGGACUUGUUCCGACAAAAGAUCCUCCACACUGAAAGACAACUCAGGCUGUACUUUCCUGAAUAUCCAGGUCCCGAUUAUGAUGUUGAGACAGCCUGUCGUUUCCUCCGUAGACGCUUUCAAGAUGCCAACCACAACCCUAAGAAGCACAUAUACCCCCACUUUACCACAGCAACUGACACCACCAACGUAGAGGUAGUUUUUCAGAUUGUCAUGGAAACCAUCAUUAGGGAAAACCUCAAAACAGCGGGUAUGUUAUAGCACACAUUUAAAACCAUCACCACUUUUGUUCACAAUUAAAACCUCUGAUGGGUGCUGUAUGUAAGCAAGGUUUUUAAAGUACCUUGUGUGAUUUAUUGUUCUCACUACUUGUACAGAAAGGCUGAGAGAUUCCUUGCGCUAGUUGUUACAUUCAAAUGCAGUAAGCUCCUUAUUUCAGCAGUGCUUAAUGUUCUGCCACAAAUUUGGAAAUUUCCCCAAUCAAAUAAAAAUGACACUGCUUCCAGUUGGAAUUUAAAAUUUUAUCAAUGUUGAACUGAUUCCUGGCUGAAUUAUUUAACUGUACAUACUCAUGGCUGAAUUUUGUUUGACUGUAGUUUUAACGAAAAAUACUGGAAGAAGAUUUUUUUACUUAUCCAGUAGAAUUUAUCUAAAUGUAGGGAUAAAGUAAUGGUUGGCUUUGUUGGAUGCGUCGUAUAUUCAACAUUUUCAGAAAUAACCUGUGAUACCUCAUCUUUUGGCUGAAUUUGUAUGGGAUUAUUUAAUGUACAUGCACUGGCCUAAAAUCACAGCCCUAAACCCCUCUAUGAAAAUCCAAAAUAUCUACAAAGAGAGCAAGAAAAGGACUUCCAUGUUUUUUAGCUACUUCAAAUUUUGUAUAAGUAAAAAUUCCACCAGAAAUUGUCCAGAGGGGUCUCUGUGGCACUGCCAAUUUGAAAAAAUGAGCACAAUAAUAAAUUUAUUUGUAACCCUGGUACCGACUUGGGAAAAAAAAUGAUGUUAUCCAUUUUCUAUUCCACCAUUUGUAUUUUAUUCUAAAAGAGUGAUUUAGUACAAUAUAUUUUCUGCCUCUACACACUUUUAACACCAAGGAAAUUAAAGGACUUGCAUAGUUUUCAAAUCAUUUUUGAAAUUCUUUGCCUUAAACUGAUACAUGGCUUACUGUGUGCCUUCGCCUGCCACCAAUCUGCUGUACACUUACAAGUUAUUCAGUGUUCGGAAUGAUGGAAAAUUUGAAAUACGUGUAAAAUGCAAUUCAGGACACUGGAGCAUAAUUGUCAAUUAGUAAUGCAUGGGUAAUUUUUAUGAGACAUUGUAUGGAAUGAUUAUUGAAAUUAUGUUUUGUGGGACUUUGCACAUCAUUUUUAUAUGAGUACAUGUGUAUUUUGCUUGCCAUUUAGAAUUGUGACUAUGUAGGCUUUAUGAGCUGUUCCAAUGCCAAAUUGCACACAUUCCAAGAAAUAAGAUGUUUUGCAGUGAUUUUUAAUGUAGAUGCACUUUAGUGAAGUGUUUAGAAUGGAAACUGAAACCAAAAAAAUUGUGACCCUCUCUGGGAAAUGGUGAUAUUUGUCCCACGAUGCCUUUCUGUGCAAUGGCCCUGCUCAAAGUUGAGUGUGAAAUUUCUGAUGGAAUUUUCUGGGUGUUUUUUCUCAGAAAUAGCUCCUCAGGUUUUUUUAACAAAAAUGUCCAAAAGGAUCAAUAUUAGUUUCUAGGGAGAUUUUAGUUGAAUAUUCCAUGCCUUAGUCUGUGCUGGACUCAAAAUGUUCAAAGGCUGUAUUUGUUUUGUUUAAUUUUAAAUUUUUGCGACAUAAUAUAUACCUUUUACAGAGUGGGUCACAGUUAUAUGUACAUCUACAUGUAUGUGUGAAGGUAGAUGUAUUUUAAGCACUAAUAUUUAAGCAACUGUAUUUUUGAGUUCUCGUGUACAGAGUCAAAAAGGCAGGACACUAAUGAAAUGCAAAGCCUAAUGCAUUUAGCCAAACUUCUCAAAGUUUCAUUGAUUUUCCUGUGACUUCACUCUAUAUAAACAGAGAUUUGGUGUAACAUCUAAGUCAUUCAUGAGUCCAUCAAUUUUCGAUACAUAUAAUUGUGUUUUGUUUUUUCUUUUGUCUGAGGUGUUAUGCGUUUUUGAAGUGAAAAAAAAAAACUGGUUGAAGGAACUUCUGUUUUCACCUUGUUUAAUUCUGUUUAAACAAUCAAUCUAGUUUACUGUUGUACUGAAUUCAAACUGUCACCUUAGCUCUAAAAUACACAUUCAUGUUCUUACGUUAAAUUUAAUUUUAACUUGCCGUGCUUUCAUGCCAAAGAUUGUUUGUAGCUAAUUACUUUAUGAAUGAAAAGUAUUCCCCUGAAAUGGAUUGUUCAUGUUCUUCUUAAUGUCAAAGUAGUUAGGAUAAACACUGCUGUUUAUCCCAAGGUAAGUUCACCUCAGAGAUCAAAGUAAAACAGAGUAGAAGAUGCUGUGAUUAUAUUCAGAGAAUUUUGCAAUAUUUAAAGAGGAAGUCAGAAAUUACUAGCUAAUUUAGAGAUGUUAUAAAUGUAGUUUACAGUUCAUUCAGUUUUCAGGUACAUGUAAGUUUAAACCUUGCAGUGCAGAGAAAGGACACAUGAACAAAUUUGUCAGAGUAAGAGUUAUGUUGGCCAUGAGAAAUAUCUGUAAAUAUCUGUACAGUCCUUAAGGUUCAGUAAUAAAAGUGAAAGCCAUGAUGAAGUACUUUUGUACAUGA